AUGCGUUACUUUUUCAUCCUCGGGGCUUUGCUACCUUCCCUCGCAGCAGCAAAAGACUGUGCAUACUUCUGGAGCGCUGGUGACGCAGUAGGAAUAGAGAAUGCGAUGAGAUUCACUGUCAAGUCAUGUAAAGAUGACAUCGGUGGCAAUGCCGAUAAUCUGUUCGAAAGAGCUGCUGUCAACGGGGCUGCCCCUAACUUUUGUACUGUUUGCCGGAAUGUUAGAAGAGUCACUUACGACUACGACAAGAAUGACAACAAGGGGAACAAGUAUAGCCUUAGAUGUGGUUAUUACAAAAAGUUUUCGUGCAGUCAGUCAUAG